AUGUUUGCUAGAUUGAAGCACGAAUACGCUCCCAGAUUCAAGCGAAUGAGAAAGGCGUUCAAGGGAAGAGUGUCUGUCAGAACCGGUGGCUCCAUCAAGGGAAACACCUUGCAAUACGGACAGUACGGAUUGAGAUUGAAGUCCAAGGGCCUCAGAUUCUCCGCAAACCAGCUCUUGGCUGCCGACAAGGUGUUGAAGAGAGAGCUCAGACCCAGCAGAUCCGAGUUGAUCACCAGAUUUGUGUGUAACACUCCCGUCUGUGUCAAGGGUAACCAGACCAGAAUGGGUAAGGGUAAGGGUGCGUUCGACCACUGGGCUUGCAGAAUUCCUACUGGUAAGGUUUUGUUCGAGAUCAGAGGAGACAUCCACGAGAAGGUGGCGCGUGAUGCCUUGAGAAAGGCUGCCGACAAGUUGCCUGGGCUCUUCGAGAUCAUCACCCCCGAGUCCAAGAUCAGAGUGUCGUUGACUGACUUUGUCGACAAGCCUGAGAAGAUCGAUUAUGUGGAGAAGUUGAACGCGGACCCAACCCCCAAGUGGGCCAACAUCCAGGCCGCCAAGGACCCAAUGUAUAAAAUGUAUAGAGGACGCUAG